GGACGUGUCACCGCUGUCUCUGACCUCCUCGUGCUUUGGGUUUCCUUUCAGAUCGAUGACAUCGCGGACGGCGCCGUGAAACCCCCCCCGAACAAGUACCCCAUCUUCUUCUUCGGCACCCACGAGACCGCCUUCUUGGGCCCUAAAGAUCUGUUCCCUUACGAAAAAUAUAAAGACAAAUAUGGGAAACCAAACAAGAGAAAAGGCUUCAACGAGGGCUUGUGGGAAAUCCAGAACAACCCCCACGCCAGUUACAGUGCCCCUGCGCCCGCCAGCUCCUCCGACAGCGACGUCCCCGAGAACGACCCCAUGGCGGGGAGCGACGCCGGGGACGACGAGGACGACUCUGCCAUGGCCACCAUGCCCACGGAGAAGGUGGACAGCGAUGAGGACUCGGAUCGAGGCAGCGACCACAGCGGGCUCAAGAGGAAAUCCUUGGCCAUGAAAAUGCCUGUGACAAAACGGCCUCGGAAAUCCUCCAGUGACUUGGAUCAGGGCAGCCCCUCUGUCACAGAAGAGGAGAACUCAGAAACAUCUUCCGAGUCGGAAAAAAACAGUGACCAGGAUUUCACUCCUGAAAAGAAGCCAGUGGCCCGGGCUCCCCGGAGGAUGCCGGCAGCGGGGAGGAAGAAGAAGAAAAUGGAGUCUGGCUCUGACUCCGACUCCAAAGUGGACUCGGAUCUGGAGAUGGGCAAUGCCACCGUGGACAUGACCAAGUCGGACUCGGACUCGGACUCGGACGUGUCGGUGAAAAAGGCACCACGGGGCCGCAAGCCAGCUGAGAAACCCCCUCCCAAGCCCCGGGGCAGGAAACCCAAGCCUGAGCGAGUCCCCAGCAGCUCCAGCAGCGACAGUGACAGCGACAGCGACGUGGAUCGCAUCAGCGAGUGGAAGCGGCGGGACGAGGAGCGGCGGCGGGAGCUGGAGGAGAAGAGGAAGAGGGAGCAGGAGGAGGAGAUCCGGCGGCUCCGGGAGCAGGAGAAGGAGGAGAAGGAGAAAAGGAAGGAGAAGGCAGAGAAGGGCGAGGAGGUGCACUCGGACUCGGACAGCAGCGCCGAGGAUGAAACGGCCAAAAAGGGCCGGAGGGGCCGGGCCAAGGCUCCGUCCUCCUCAGACUCCGAGCUGGAGCAGGAGAAGGAGGUAAAGAAGCCGGUGAAGAAGCAGCCCUCGGAGUUGUCAAGGAAACCAAAUCAGAAGGAGAAGAGGGGCCGAGCAGAGGAGAAGCCACGGAACAAACCUCUGAAAGUGGAACGAGGCCGGAAGAAAUCCGACCCAAUCCCCGAAAGGAGGAUGGAGAAGAAAAAGGAGCCCACAGUGGAAGAGAAGCUCCAGAAACUUCACAGCGAGAUCAAGUUUGCGCUGAAGGUGGAUAACCCGGACAUCAAGCGCUGUCUGAACGCGCUCGAGGAGCUGGGCACGCUCCAGGUCACUUCCCACAUCCUCCAGAAGCACACGGACGUGGUGGCCACGCUCAAGAAGAUCCGUCGCUACAAAGCCAACAAGGACGUGAUGGAGAAAGCAGCUGAAGUCUACACCCGGUUGAAGUCGCGUGUGCUGGGCCCAAAGAUGGAAUCCAUCCAGAAAGGCAACAAAGCCGGGCCCGAGAAGGACAAGGGUGAGGUGGAGAAGGGCCAGGAGAAGCUGUCGGGAGCGGAGACACGGAAUGAGAAGGGGGAAGAGGAGACAAAUGCUGACCUGUCAGGUCCUGUGAAUGGUGAAUCCCAAAAGUCAGAGGGCACAGAGGAGAAGGACAAGAGCCAAGGGCCAGGAGCUGGGGAGCUGGAGGCGUCCACAGAGGAGCCCCACAACAACAGUGUCCAGGACUAUCCCAAGGCCGGGCUGGAGCGAGCUCGCGGGGAGUCGGAGGCUGCGGACGAGGAGGAGGAGGAGGAGGAGGAGGAGAGCUGAGGAAGCAGCUCCCACCUGGAGGAGGAGGAGAGGCUGUGAAGGGAGAGCAGCCUCUGCCUCAUCCCCUGCCUGAGUCACUUCAUUAAGUCCCACCGUAGCCGAUGUCCUUGGUCUUGUCCCGUGUCCCGUCCCUGCGGAGGCAGCACCCGCGGGGGGGCUGUGCUGGUGUCUGUAUUUGUCCCUUCCCUUUGUUUUUAAUUUUUUGUUCUGGUUUUUUUUUUUUUUCCCCCUCCUACCUAAUUUCUUGUGAUUUCAACCGACAUGAAAUGAAUAUAAAGGGUUUUCUAAUGAAAAACAGAA